AUGGCCAUGAUAGAUGAUAUAGCCGAGACUCUCAACACUAUGCAAGAUGUGAACAUGAAGCUAAACCCUGGGAAGUGCUGUUUUGGAGUAGAGGAGGGGAGUUUCCUGGGAGUAGUGGUCACCAAAGGAGGAAUCAAAGCAAACCCGGAAAAAACCCAGGCUGUGGCCGAAAUGCGAUCUCCCAGGUUCCUGAAGGACAUUCAGCAGCUAAACGGGAGGCUAAUAGCGUUAAACCGUUUCUUGUCAAAGGUAGCCGAUAAGACCCUUCCCUUCAUGAAAGUGUUGAAAGACUGCCUCCAGACAAACAAGUUUAAAUGGACCACAGAGGCUGAGGCUGCCUUCCAAGAAAUGAAAGCUUACAUCUGCAAGCUCCCAACGUUGGCCACCCCAGUACCUGGGGAACCGUUGCUCCUGUAUCUGUCCGCCUCGAAAACGACCAUAAGUGCGGUCAUGAUGGUAGAACGGGAAGGGAAACAGAUCUUCAUAUAUUUUAUCAGCAGAACGCUUAAAGGUCCCGAAGAACGCUACAUGCCUCUGGAGAAACUGGCAUUAGCUCUUGUCUUCGCGUCCCGAAGACUAAGGAGGUACUUCCAAGGGCACAAGAUUACCCUGAUGACCGAUCAACCCCUUCAAAAGGUACUCAGGAGGCCGGAGCUGUCGGGACGGUUGGCUAAAUGGGCUGUGGAGCUGGGGGAACACUCUCUGGAGUUUAAGCCCAGGACGGCCAUGAAGGGGCAGAUACUGGCCAAUUUCUUAGCGGAGGUCCCUGAGGACGAAGAGAAGGAACUGUUAAAGUGGGAAGCCUUAGAAAAAGAAGAAAGAGAGAAGGAAGACGAGGCGGUGUGGAAGUUACUCACCGACGGGGCAUCUAGUGAAGAAGGGAGUGGAGCAGGAAUCACACUGAUGAGCCCCGAGGGGAUUGAGCUGACAUAUGCCAUAAGGUUGGACUUCGAGAACACCAACAAUACUGCAGAGUAUGAGGCCCUCCUAGCAGGAAUGAGGCUGGCACAAAAAAUGAAAGCAAGACACGUGGAGGCUAGCACUGAUUCACAACUGGUAGUGAAGCAGUACCAAGGAGAAUAUGAAGCCAAAGACAGCAUCAUGGCUCAAUACGUGGCAAAAGUAAAAGAAAUGGCCAAGGCAUUUAGAACUUUCAAACUGGAGUACAUCCCCCGAGGAAGAAACAGAAAAUCUGAUGCCCUCAGUAAGCUGGCCUCGGUGGCAUUCGACCACCUCGCGAAGGAAGUCAAGGUGGAGGUCCUGACAUCUCCUUCCCUUAACACAAAGGAGGUAGCUGCAGUUGAGGGUACUCAGGAAACGUGGAUGACACCGAUUAUUAAGUUCCUCAGGGAUGGAAUUUUACCCGAGGGGGAAUGGGCAGCCAGAAAGAUAAGGGUCAAAGCCCUGCAAUAUGAACUGAUCGAUGGGGAGUUAUACGGAAGGUCAUAUCUGGGUCCAUCCCUGAAGUGUGUCGACAUGGAAGAAGCUGAAUAUGUGGUUAGGGAAAUGCACGAGGGGAUUUGCGAAAUGCAUUCGGGACCAAGGACGAUAGUGACGAAGGCAAUGAAUGCAGGGUUUUACUGGCCACGAAUGUACGAAACAGCAUCUGAGGAAAUCAAGAAAUGUGAUAACUGCCAAGUGCAUGCACCAAUGACCCACCGACACAAACACCCCAUGAUACCGGUAUCAACAUCCUGGCCAUUCCAAAAAUGGGCUAUCGACAUAAUUGGGCCUUUCCCGGAGGGCCCGGGAGGGGUCAAAUAUGUGGUGGUGGCUGUUGAUUAUUUCACCAAAUGGAUCGAAGCGAAGACCCUGGCAAAAAUUACUGGGGAACAGAUGAGGAGGUUCGUGCUGGAUAACAUCAUCUGCAGGUAUGGGGUCCCGAAGGAGCUGGUGAGUGAUAACGGGGUCCAGUUUGCCGGAAGGCCUUUCAAACCAUGGUGCGAGCAGAUGCAGAUUCAACAAGUGUUUACAUCCGUCACCCAUGCCCAGAGCAAUGGGUUGGUGGAAAGAGCUAACCAAAAUGUCAUCAAGGGAAUAAAAGAAAGGGUCGGAAGAAAACAAAAGGGCUGGCUGGAAGAACUUCCAUUCGUGUUAUGGACAUACAGGACUACUCCUAAAAGUUGCAAUGGGGAAACUCCGUUUAGCCUUACCUACGGGACAGAAGCCGUCAUCCCCGCCCAGAUAGGAUCCCCGACUGCCCGAAUGAAGCUUCGGGAGGAAGAAAACGAACAGGACCUCAGGAUGAACUUGAACCUGUUGGAAGAAAGAAGGGAGAUAGCAGCAGUCAGGGAGGCCAAAUACAAGAGGCUACUGGAGAGUUAUUACAACACCAGGAUGAAGAGGCUCAACCUCGUCCCGGGGGAUCUAGUCCUUAGAGCCAAUGAAGCCAGCCUGCAAGAAAGCACUGGGAAGCUAGGCCCCAACUGGGAGGGACCCUACCGAGUCACAUGGGCAAACGACAAAGGAACUUGCAAGUUGGAAACACUUGAAGGCAAGGAGAUCCCCAGGACCUAG